UUCACCGUUACGUCUAUUCUCUAUCGCUCCGUUGCUUCCCCGGUAACAGAACGGUGAAGCGGCCCACCUCCGUUUGGCCACGCAAGGAGCUGUUGUGAGACUGCCAUAACACACCCAGUUUAGCUGGGGGUACCCAUCCGCAAGAUGCCAGGUGAGGCCACGGAGCCCACUGUUCCGAAAGAGCAGCGGCAAGAUGAGGGCGCCGACGAGAGCGGCGACCUGGAGAGGUUCACGCCCGAGGAAGAGGCGUCAAUGGUGGCUCAGUCCAACUCACACAAAGUCCAAGCGAACAGUCUCUUCAGCUCGGGAAAGUAUGAUGUUGCCCUCACCAAGUAUGACGAGGCGGUCGCUGUGUGUCCAAACUACCUGGACUUCGAGCUGGCAGUCCUCCGAUCCAACAUCGCUGCCUGCCACCUGAAGCUGGAGGAGUGGAAGGAGGCCGUCAGCAGUGCCACCUCGGCGCUGGACGGCCUCGAUCGACUAGAGAGACAGGAGAAGGAGCAGGCAGCCGCUAAAGCCGAAGAAGCCAGGGUUGCCGAGGCCGAGAUCGAGGGUGAAAUAGUCAGCGCUGGCGCUGCCAACGCUGGCCCAGCUCUCUCCACGGAUCCCGACGACGACGAUGCUAUCGAAUCCUCCCGUCGCAAACGCCAAGAGGACAUCGCCCGGAUCCGGGCCAAGGCCCUGAUGCGAAGAGCGCGUGCAAGGAGCGAGCUCGGCGGGUGGUCAAAUCUAGAGGGCGCCAUAGAAGACUACAAGCGGCUGGCGGGUAUGGGUAAUCUGACGGCAUCCGACAAGAAGAUUGUGCAGGCGCAGCUGCGUGCCCUGCCUCCACGCGCCAAGGCCGCGCAGGAAAAAGAGACGGCCGAAAUGUGGGAGAAGCUCAAAGACUUGGGCAAUAGUUUGCUCAAGCCCUUCGGCCUGAGUACGGACAAUUUCAAGAUGGUAAAGGAUGAGAAGACGGGGGGUUACAGUAUGAAUUUUCAGGGGGGAGGAGGUGGCAAGACGUGAAACAUGGAAUCCUCGUUGGACGCUGGGGGCUUUGGAGCUUCAAGCUCGUGAUGUUCGCCUACGAUUGUCACCUGUUUAGUUCCACAAGCCGUGAAUGUGAUUGCGGACAUCACCGGCUCACCUGUUGUCGCCACGCUAGAGACGGCAGCACACAGAAACUCCCAGCACACCGUCCGCUCGGUUGGGUACUAAGACCGGGACUGAACCUUCAGCAUUACCAGAGGGACUAGGUCUGGAGCUGAACCAUGUUCCGAGUUGGGCCCAGUUGCCGGAUCGUAGGUCAUCACACCCACGAUGGCCACUUCUGCAGACCUGACUCUUGCCAGACUGGUCUCUCGCCCUGUACGCUUGGCCUAGUUGUCUGGAUCGUUGCCAAUGCAUGUACAUAGAUAUCUAUACAAACGAUUCAUUAUAGAAACCCACCUAGGUAAGAAAAAAGAAACAAGAAGCUCCCGUCAGUACCAAAC